UGAUUAAACAAAUCGGACUCCCGCUACGCGGUCGUCCGAUUUUGUUAAUCACUCGUAUGAUUACAGACCGAAUUGGACUCCACUCAGUCCUGUUACCAUUACGAACAAGUCUCGAUGUCACCUCCCAUUCAUGCACAAAGCGCACCAAGACUACUAGCGCCUCUCCCUCCCUGGUGGUACCAUCAAAGAUAAUUCCCACAUCCUUGCCCUUUAAUUCCUCUUCUAAUGUGAAGGGGAUAAGCUGGUGUAUAUUACAUGAGGAUAACAGACUCAUGCCUGCUUCUUCAAAAAUGUCUCUGAAGAACUCCAGGCGAUUGAGAAGGGUGCCGCUUUUCAAGAACGCUUGAACAACUUUUAUGCGAAAGACCCUUGUAGGUGUUGAAAGAGUCUCUCCUUUGGGGUGGUGUUCUUGGUCGUAUUUCUGAAGAGCCUGUACAAUGUCAUCUUCUCGUUUGCCGAUCUUCUUCAGCUUCCCUUUGUUAAGGCUAUGCUUCUUGCUCAUCACGUGAGUCGUCAAGUGUGACCUUUUUAGAUAGAUAGAUAGAUAGACAGACAGACAGACAGAUAGAUAGAUAGAUAGACAGAUAGAUAGAUAGGUUGAUAGAUACAUAGAUACAAAUGAAAAGGAUAGAAGUUAAUGGAGUUGUAACUCGGAGUUUCACGCACUAAGUGAUAGAUAGAUAGAUAGAUAGAUAGAUAGAUAAAUUGAUUGAUAGUUGAUUGAUUCAUUGAUUGAUUGAUUGAUUGAUUGAUAACCCAGUGGCCCUCAAAAAACUAAAAAUACUUACACUAAUUCUGCCUAUUAUAAACUUAAGUCAUAAAAAUGUAUUAAAAAUGAAAUAGAUACAGAUUAAGUUAAGAUGCAAAAAUUGUAUAUGUUAAAAACUAUGGUUACGGUCAACACUUCCUUGCAAGCUUCACAAAAGAUUCCAUCCUUACGUGCUCGAGGGUUUUCCCCCUUGAACUCUUCAACUGUUUGCUAUGCACAAACGUUGGGCUCGUAGUCAGUUGGUUUGCGUUUGUGCCUCGUCGAUUUCCCCCCUGGUUAGAUGAAACUUUUCGCUUUCUUCCCAGCUCACUGUUACUCGGGGCUUUUAGAACGUUCAAAAUCGUUUGUACCUCUCUGUUUCUUUCUUGACUUAUAGCCUGAGGCUCAGUUGAAUUAAUCUCAAAAGCUUCUGCUUCUGCCAUGUUAGGCCUAUGCUUCCAGGCCUUACAGUGAUGCUAAGUGAACAUAGCUUAUGGGCUAACCCACUGACCAGUAGUGUUUGAAUGACAAGAGCCCGACCGUUCGAAACGGUAAGUGUAAGAAGCUCGUUGGAACCACUCAAAUUUGUUUUUAUGCUAUCAGCUGUAUUUUUUUAACCAUUAUCGUUUAAAACCUCUUAAAUAUCCUAAAAAAGCCGGAUUUUUGUAACUAGGUCUACGUCGUCCCAAGGCCAAGCUAAGGGAAAUCAAAGACAAUGGUUGUCAAAAUUUUAGGGGGGUUAUCAAGGUGCAUUAUGGUCUAUGUGUAGAUGGUGAAUUAAAGGAUGGUUGGAUAGUCUCUGCAGCUGUAUAUGAAAUUCAAACUUUACAACAAUGGUAAAAACAAUAAAAUGUGUAAAGGAAUUAUCAGUACAGAAAGAAAGGUAAGUUUUUGUGUACAGUACCUCAUUUAAUGUUCAGCAAAGUAUCAGUAAGCGAAAAUGGCUCUACAAGUUUAUCUCAAGGGAAAAUUUGUUUGUAUUUUAGCCUCCUCCAUCCGACUAUGCAAAAAAACUUGUCAAAAUGCCAACAGAACGCUGUGCGAGGUUGAUGGCAGUAAGCAUGGCAAACAAUUUGGACGAAGUCUGGAUAACAGAAUAUCCAAUUCUUACAGCUCCUUAUUUCAACCAGUAUUUUCCUAACUUCUUCAGAUGGUAUGUUUGGCUUUGUGUAAAAUAAUAGAAAUAAAAAUAUCGCUGUAAUGGUUAUAAAAGCUGUGUCAGACGUAUUCGUCACAUGUUGUUUUGUUAGCUUUGUUGAAUUGACAGUAUACAAUAACGUUCAAUGAGGCACCCUUAGGGCCCUUUCCAAAAGUCAGAACUGACCGGCCGGACCAUAGCCGGACCAGUCAUUUUGACAAUAAAAAACGCUUUUUUCCAAGAGUUUUUGUUGAAACACCAUUCCUUCGUGCAUGCCAUUUGGGAUCUCUGUGGAUAGUUCUGAUUACAAGUGAAAUUAUCAUUAUGACUGGAAUUUUCUGGCCGGUCAGUUUUGACAGAUGGAAAGUGCCCCAUAGAAGAGACGGGGGAUACAUGUGCCUCUAGUGUGAAUUUUGAAAAAAAACCCUCGUUUCGCUUAUUAGACUACGAGCAGUCUCUCUUUUUUCUUGGUCCGUCGAGUAAAACGUGCGAGAUACGCAAAUGACCACGCGCGUGACUAAGGCCCUCGUUUCUCGCCUCUCGCGGCUUCGCCGCUCGACGCUCGCGCUCGCUCGCACUCCCCUCACUAAAUCUGAAGAAAAGGAGAGACUGCUCGCAGUCUGUUCGCUUAUUGAGAAGAAAGCCUGGUUUGACACUGUUGGUAUUUCAGUUUUGCAUUUGUGCCUCAAUCCAAUCUUUGGGUUUUUUGUUACCAUUUCAUCUCUAUGCUGUUUGUCCGAAUCUUACCUUAACAAAAGCACACUCAUCAUCAUCCAACAUUUCAUGUAAAUAGUUCUAGUAGCCCAAAAAUUUGACGAUGUUUAAAUGGUUUCAGCAGUGCAUGUUGGAUAAACUUCGAUCAAUAUGUUAAAUCCGAGAGACACUGCAGCAAUGACGCAGCUUAGCCGUCUUCAUUUCACAUUUUUCAUAAAUUAUAUGCAGAGUUAGUGAUUGUGUCAGUGUGUUUGUUGCUCACUCUAUUCUGAUCAAUCCCUACCUUGUCUGUUCUACAUUCAGGGGUGUGAAGAAAAUUGGGAUGAAGGGGACAAGAGAGCUUUUGAACCUUCCCCAAGACAAGGAUGCCUAAAUUACAUGUAACGAGUGAAGUGACUUCAGAAUGGCUGGUGUACCUCUUGAAGCCUUGCAGAAUGUUCCUUUUUAAAAGCAAUCUAAAUCGGCUAAUUUUGGCGAUCAAGAAUUCGAUUACUUUUUAGUCAGUUCUACUUAGAAACAAACCCUUCUUGACCCGCGAUCCUUCCGAUUGACUUCCGAAUCUAGCUUCAUACUCAGCGUUCCAUGGAGGGAACUAUAAUCAUGAACUUAAGUCUUGGGACAAAGUUUGCUCUUGUAACGCUUUUUCACACGCGCCAGGUCGCGGGGGGAGUAGUUGCAGCAACACGUUGCGUCGCCACCUAGCCUGCGUAGCCAGCGUUUCUGUGCGAAAAUUGGCUGUCGUUCCAUUUCUCGCGCGCCCAAAACUGACAAUCCCGUUCCUCGGUCUUUCCAAACGGAAACGCUUGCUACGCAGGCUAGCGACACAUAGCAGCGACAAAUCGCUUCGUUUAUGCGGGAGAAUUUUUGUAAAAAUCUUUGUCUCCUCAGCAGAAUUUUGUCGCCGCAACAAGUCGCAUAAACUCCGUCUGAUUUGAUUAUUGGCGACAUGUUGCUGUCACAAAAUUCUGUUGCGGAGGCAAAGAAUUUGUGGGAAGGGACAAAAUACGAGCUCUCCUAAAAACGCCUGCGUGGGAGGUUACGUCCUCCUUAUUCCCUUAGAACUAAUCCGUAACAAUCGUGACUGACUUUGUCAGAAAGGAACGCGAGGCUCUCCUCAUCGGCAAAGUUAUGACAUUAGAACCCCGUGGUUUUAAAUAGAGGUGAUGAACUCAAUUAGUGACUUUUAUCUUUUCCGGCCCCGUAACAAGCAUGAAAUGACUGGGGGGGCUGAGUGAGUGGCCCACAUUAACUCCCCCCCCGCUUCGGUCCCUGGGUUAAACAUACUUCUUGGUACAUGUCAGAUCACUACAUUUGUCUACAAUACCUUUUGUUCUUGUCUCUAAUUUUCCGUUUGUGUUGACUUUGACGUAAUAGAGAACUUGUUUGGGAUAUCGUUCGCGGAAAAUUUGCAAACAAUUGCUUUCGGGUUGUUUUUUGAUUCGGAUUGUUUCUUCGACUAUACCACGAUAAAAGUGUUCCCUGCUUAUUUUCGACUUGUUUGGAUUUCAUUGUUGGCGGCUGUUGCGAAGACAUUGUAAAACUUUCAAUAUAAACGCGCAAAAACCUAAGUUUUACUCUAGUACAGUAGUAUAUUUUACAGUGGCGGACCUCUUGGGAAACCAUUAAGGUUCAAGAGGUCAAGUUUAGGGAUUGUCAUUGGUGCAUUUCGAUCCAUUUUGCUUCUGACUAUUUUGAAGUUUAAUAAGCAGAUAUUGUUGGUUGUUUUUGGCAGAGCAAAAAUACGAUUUCGUUCAUUUACACAAUUCCAAAUUGCACAGAAGAACAACAGUACAUAAUCUUACUAUGAUCGACAAUACUUUGAAACUUUAGCUUCCAUUGACAGCUGUCCAUUUUAGUAGAAAAAUUCCACUUUUGUAGCAGAAUUUAAUUCAAGUCUGAAAAUUUCUGGGGGGCUAGAGCCCCCCCUGCCCCUCCCCCUGCUACGAGCCUGUCUUUUAGGGUGUGUUCCUUUCGGUGAAUCCAAAAACGGAUUUUAGAUCUAAAAACGGAUUUCGCAUUCCUUUCGGCAAAUCCAAAUCCGGAUUUUUGAUCUGGUGAAUCCUUUUUGAAAAAGGAUUCACUGGAUUUGAAAUCUGAAGAAUCCAAAUCCAGAUUAGCGGAUUAGUGAUCUACGCUGUUCCAUUCACAGUGGAUCCGAAAUUAGUCAGAUGAUCCAGCGGUAUUUCCAGUUAAAGUAUUCCCAUAGAGGCCGUAGAGUUUCCUCGUUGCGGUCAUUUGCCCCAAAACAUCUGAAAACAUUAGAAGAUUGUUCCUGGUACAUUAAAAUAUCCAUAUACUGACCACUUGUCUCUAAAGAUUGCUUGAAAUCAGAAAUAAGUAAAAGUAACAAAUGAACUGCUUCCUUACUACAAACUCCCUUGUAGACGCGACAGGCAUUCGAUCGUGCUACAUGAAAGAAUCCGAGCUAUGGAACUGGAUCAAACUGGCCGACAUUCUUUAGAUAAUUUUCAAUUUUAAUGCGCUUCUUUCUUUGCCUGUUUUAUAUGUUCCAUCGUUGCUAUUCGAACUGCCGACCACUAAAUUCUGCACGGUAUAAUUGCAUAAUUUGUCAAACAGUAGAAAACACGUCAUUUUUUGAGAGGCUGUCGAGCAUAUUGCACGCGUUGGCGAAAGGUUACCAAGGUUACAAAUCCAAUUUCGGAUUUCACGUUCCUUUCGACCGAGAAAUCUGGCAAAUCUAGGAUCAAAAAUCCGUUUUUGGAUUCGCCGAAAGGAACACACCCUUAGUCUCUUAGCUCAUUCUCUCUUGCUACUGUUAUGGAGUCUGGAAACAAUAGCUACACUUGUAAAUUGCCCUCCUUUUUUGCAAAAGGGUUAUUAAAUUAACCCCUGCACCUUAGCCCCACCGGUGUCAAGCUUUUGAAAGGUAAGGGGAAAUUGGCUGGGAGGACGCCAUUGAAACGUUGCGUGAGUAAGAUUAACGGAAUUCCUGCUAUCACGUCAACAAAUGCCCCAUUGGAUUGAUUGGACUUGUUAAUUCUUAGGGGUGUUAGGAAUUUUUAAUUGUAACAUUUCAAAUUGAAGUGGGCAAAAUUACAAGGAAAUUAACUUUACCUUUAGUUUGUACAGGUUUGCUCUUUCCCCCGAGGCCACUUCCCUUUUUUGCUGGUCUCUUUCGCAGCCGUUCUUUCCCGGCGUUCUUUCGUCACGCAACGCUCCUUUGCGUUUAAAAAAUGUCACGCAACUGGUCACUAUUUAAAAAGGGGACAUUCGUCACGGGGCUGAUUCGUUUUACAUUAUGGCUCGAACACUUUUGGUUCUUGCAGUUUUAGUUCCUCUUGUGUGUUUCUUUCUCGUGAAAUAUCAGGAUGCAGAUUUUGUGCUCAUGAUUUACGAAUUGAUAGGUGAAAAUCCCGCCGUAGCGUUGCGCGGGAAAGUUGUGUGGAUCACUGGAGCUUCAAGUGGCAUCGGUGAAUAUUUAGCUUACGAACUGGCUAAAUAUGGCUGUAAGUUGGUGCUUUCGGCACGAAGGAAAGAUGAAUUAGAAAGAGUCAAGAAAAAUUGUGCAGGUAGGUCAAUAACGCUAUAAAUAUGAAUAAGCUUAUAUUAUAACUGCGUCGAGGUUGUCGUAAAUACAGUCAACUCCCGCCUCGGACCGAAGCUUUAGUGUCCGUAAUAGCCAGAGUCCGUAAUAGCGCCGUGCGAGAAAGAAAUGUCUUGAUAUCAUAGGAAUUACAAAUAUUUAUAUUGUAUAUUGUCUCCGUAACCAACUGCAGUGCCGUUUUCGCAUGUAAAGAGCUUCAGAACUUUACUUACAAACAAAACGAAUUGUAAGAGUACAGACUGCAUCUCCCUUUCGUUCACCAGAAUAGUACAAACGACUAAGGCAACUUUGGAAACCCUUUCUUAAAUCAAGAAUGCAGAAAUGCUUUGAAAUUUGUUAAAAAGAGUAUAUGAGCUGGCUUAGGACUAGGAAAUUCAGUUAAUAGGUGUUUACAAAAUUUAUGGCGGAAUGAAGUAUCAGCUGAAGUAUCUGGGUUUAAUACUAGACUCUCUGGGAUAACUAGACCACCUUAUUCGUAGCGACGACUGCAACAUAUAUUGUCCUCGAUAAGAAUAAGAGAAGAAGAACUCUACAGUAAUGUCGCCCAGAAGAAGCGCAAUUAAUGAAAGGACAGUGACAAAGGGGUUCAAUAAAACGCCGGGUCGGGGUCUAUCUUUUUCGAAAGAAUGCUGUUUAGAAAAAAAGAUGGACUCUGACCCAGACCCCGCGUUUUACUGACACCCGUGACAAAGGCGAAGUCAAAAAGAGGAGGAAAUAAAUUAUAAGUUGAGAUAAUUCCGCCUAAACGUUUAAGUAAUGAUCCAGGUAAGAAGGAAAGCAAUUUCUAUUGUUGUGGCGCAAUACGCUUUCCUCACAUAGAAAUGUUUUCAUUUUUACGCAGAGAGUGCAUAAAUCUACAAAAAGGCUGUUUACGAAAGAAAAUGUAUUUAAACUCCACUUUUAAAGGGUGUAUUUUUGUGUUAAAACAUUUUGACCAAUCACAAGAGUUGCAAACAAUAGCCAAGAAAUGUUCACAAUUUUAGAUGAUCCGCACAUACGAUUUCUGUGUUACUUAGACUCAGACGAGAUUUUGUUAUAAGGAAGUUGGAUAGAAAAAAAAGGAUUGAUGUACAUGCUGCUUUGCGAAGAUUUCGUAAAAUUUGAUGUUUAAACCAAUCAGAACCUUAGUAGAGACAAUAGUAAAGUUAGCACCUUUUUGCAUUCCGACGUGUUCACUGCGUUUUGGUCCUUUCCUUCUUAUCUGGACCAUUACUUAAAGGUUCAAAUAUUUUAAAGAUCAACUCAGUGCUAGAGCAAGUCAGACCCUGGGGGUGUGUGUGUUGGUACGGAUGGGGGGGGGGGUAACUAUUCUUAGUAUGGGCGAGGGGAUGUGUC